CAUCCCGCCGCGCCGGAGCCCCUCUGCUAUGGCGGAGGUGAAGGUGAAGCCGGAGGUGCCCGAUCCCAUGGACAUCGAGAGCAGGAUCCUUGAGCUGUGCCACCAGUUCCCCCAUGGCAUCACGGACCAGGUGAUCCAGAAUGACAUGCCUCACAUGGAAGCCCAGCAGAGAGCUGUGGCCAUCAACAGGCUGCUCUCCAUGGGGCAGCUGGACCUUCUGAGGAGCAGUGCAGGUCUCCUGUACAGAAUCAAAGAUUCCCAAAAUGCCAGUAAAAUGAAAGGUUCUGACAAUCAAGAGAAGCUGGUUUACCAAAUCAUAGAGGAUGCAGGCAACAAAGGUAUUUGGAGCAGGGACAUUAGGUACAAAAGCAAUCUGCCUUUAACAGAGAUCAACAAGAUACUGAAAAACUUGGAAAGCAAGAAAUUAAUUAAAGCAGUUAAAUCUGUGGCAGCAUCCAAGAAGAAGGUCUACAUGCUGUACAACCUGCAGCCCGACCGCUCCGUCACUGGAGGGGCCUGGUACAGUGACCAGGACUUCGAGUCUGAGUUUGUGGAGGUGUUAAAUCAACAGUGUUUUAAGUUUCUGCAGAGCAAGGCAGAGGCAGCUCGAGACAGCAAACAGAAUCCCAUGAUACAGAGGAACAGCUCGUUUGCCUCAUCCCACGAGGUGUGGAAAUACAUCUGUGAACUGGGCAUCAGUAAGGUAGAGUUGUCAAUGGAAGACAUUGAGACCAUUUUGAAUACUCUGAUCUAUGAUGGCAAAGUGGAGAUGACCAUUAUUGCUGCCAAGGAGGGGACGGUGGGCAGCGUGGAUGGGCAGAUGAGGCUGUACAGAGCCGUCAGUCCUCUCAUCCAGCCCACUGGAUUGGUCAGGACACCCUGUGGACUCUGCCCUGUUUUUGAUGAUUGUCAUGAAGGUGGUGAGAUUUCUCCAUCAAACUGUAUUUAUAUGACAGAAUGGUUGGAGUUUUAAAGUGAAAGGAAAGUGUAAACUGGAUUCAUCCUUCACAGCCAAAGUGACAAAGCAGAAUGCUUUUUUUAAAAGCGGGCUUCUAAAUUUGUAAGCAACUUCAGGACAUGGAGUGACAAACCAGCCAUGUAUCAGUUGUGUGAGGUAUCCUGGGAGUGGACUGGAAGUGGAGUCAGUGCUGAAGAUCAAGGCUGAAGUGGAAAUCAGUCAAAAUUGGAGAUGGCAACUAAGGUGGUUAAUAAAAUAGAUUUCUAAGCAACAGUUCAAAAUAAAGUUCAAACAAGGUUGAGA